AUGGCAUCAUCCAAACAAGCUAUGGAUCAUUAUAAAGUUGUAUAUGAACUUUUGUUUGCAUUGGAAUCAUGGACAUAUGAGCAGAAAUACUGUUUACUACAAACGAUCAUCGAUUGGACAAGUCAAUUCGAAAAAUCAAUGCCAGAACAGUUGGAAAAGAACCUAUGCUAUUUACAUGAACUUUUAACACGUGAUAUCGUCACUGUACCAAUGUUGCCAGUAGAUAAGAUUCUUCAAGUAAUACAAUCAGGUGAAAUUCCAUGUGAAGUAUGGCUCGAUUAUCUUCACACUCCACUUCUAUCUGAGUCGAAUAAUAACAAUAAUAAUCCAAUAUCGUUCGAUUUCGCACCAGCAAUCAUCCCAAAAGCAGCUAUGACUAUGGACUUGACACCAUCGACACUUUUUAAUUCCGCUUCAUCCCCACAGCAACCUCAAUUGAAUAAUCAAAACAAUAGUAUGGUCGACCAGCCAUCCCUUAAUGAUAGUUAUGUGACUCAUCAACUUCUUUCAUUUGAACCAUGUUCAACCACUGCAAUAGACCCAUUUUUGUUUGAUGUAGUUGAAAAAUCACCAGAUGAUGAUCGAAGCCUAUUGAGUGCCAUUCUUGCCGAAUUAUCUGAACUAGAUUGGGACUAUUACGCAAUUCAAUCACUCGAGCUGAUGUUCAAUAGUUUACAAAUACAAAAUGUCUCAGUACUGAAAACAGCGUUACUCGUUGUUAAAAUGAUUUUAACCAAUGAAAUAUCAUUUCCAUGGGAUAUUGAACGAAUUGUCAACGCAAUUACUAUGCAUUCAGAACUUCAAUGGAUGGAUGAAGUGACUAAAAUUAUUGACGAAAAAGGUAAAUCUAAAUCAGUUUCAAUGCUUCUUCAAGAACUAGCUCAGGAAAAUUCAUCUUUGGAUAUAACCGACUUGGAACAACGAUUUCGAAUGGUGAUGAAACAUUACGAAACACAAAUAUCUCGAUGGAAAUCUUCAGAUAUUCGGCAACGUCAGGUGAACAACGACGAGCUUCAUACGAUUGCUGUCAUUGUUCAAGCAGCACAUCUUCACGAACAAUAUCGUCCAAGAGAUAUUCAGAUUCUAUCUCUUCUUCUUCUAAUUGAAAAUCAACGUCAAGGUCAAGGACGAUUAGCACAAAUACGCACUGGCGAGGGCAAAUCCAUUAUUGUGGCUAUGUUGGCUGUUUAUCUUUCCCUUCCUCCAUUGAACAAACGUGUCGAUAUAAUUACCACUUCAGAAAUUCUUGCUCGACGUGAUGCCGAGGAAUUUGCAUCCUUCUAUCAAAUGUUUGAUCUGACGGUUGGACACAACUGUUAUGAUCGUCCUGACAGCCCAAACUACAAUGUUCACAUCAUCUACGGAACGGUCAAUCAUUUUGCUGGUGAUCUACUACGCACUGAAUUUUAUUUGCAAACCGAAGUACGUGCUCACAGACCUUAUGAAGCGGCAAUUGUCGAUGAAGUUGAUAGUAUGUUUAUUGAUCAACAUCAGCAUUACACACAAUUAGCAUCACUUACACCUGGAUACAAAUCAUUAAAUGUUAUCUUGCGAUUUAUCUUUGCAUUCUUUCAAAAAUUCAAUAUUACCGAAAAAAAUGAAUUUGUCAUUCGACAACCGCAUGGAUAUGUCAAAGUCGAUGCUCUAACAUUUAUUCAAGACAAACUGAAUAAUGAUAAACUUAUUCGUUUUCCGGCUUAUCGUCAAUCCUAUAUCAACACUAAAUUACCAAAAUGGAUAAAGGCUGCAAAACGGGCACUCUAUGAUUUACAACAGGAUGUUGACUAUGUCAUUAGUAAAGAUGGACGAAUAAUAGUGGUAGAUUAUGCAAACACAGGUGUGUCCCACUUGAAUAUGAAUUGGAGUGAUGGCGUUCAUCAAUUUCUUCAAUUGAAACACAAUUUACGCAUGACACCCGAACGUAUAUGUGAUUCAUUCUUUUCCAAUGUCACUCUUUUCAGGCGAUAUCAACCACAUUUAUAUGGUGUAACGGGAACAUUGGGUGGUACAGAUGCACGAAAUUUUAUCCAAUCGAUCUAUCAGAUUGAUACUGUCAUUGUACCCAAAUAUGUUGACAGUGUGUUUCAUACUUAUUCAAGUCAAUUUGGUCGAGAUCGUAAAGAUUGGUUGAAUAAAAUUCGAGUAGAAUGUAAUACAAUAGCCAUUACUAAUUGUCGAGCUGUUUUGAUUAUUUGUCAAACAAUUCAGGAUGCUGAUGACGUUCAGUUAUCUUUACUUUCUCAACAUCCUCGCUUGAACCUGUAUCUUCGCAGUGAUCUAGCUGAACAUAAUAAACCAGAACUAGUUCAUUCAGGUGAUGUGAUCGUAGCUACGAAUCUAGCUGGACGAGGUACUGAUCUGAAAACAACCACACAAAUCAAUAAUCGUGGUGGUUUACAUGUAAUUGUGACUUUUAUGCCAAAAAAUUCACGUAUUGAGCAGCAAGCAUUUGGACGAGCCGGACGACAAGGUCAACCGGGCUCAGCUCGAUUGAUUGUCUAUAAUAGAGAUUUCGCGACAACAUUGGAUAAGAUCGAUGAUGUUGAAACAAUCAAUAGAUGGAAACAAUUUCGGGACCAAGAAGAAACAAAUGAGAUGAAUGCGGCUAUAGAAGAAGUAAAGCGUAUUGAAGCAAAAGAUCGUCUUCUCGUUCGUUUUCUUGAUCUUGCUCAUUCCAAAAAGAAUGAUCUUCCAUUUAAACACGAUGCAUUCAAGCCAGGCUUCAGUUCAUUUCGUGAACUAUGGGCUUCAUUUUGUGAUGAAAAUGAAAACACAGCUGAACAGUCUUUUUCGAAAUUUGCUACUGACAUACAACAGCGACUCGAUGCCGCCAUCACUACGUUGAAACAUAAUGUGUCAUUUGAAAACGACAGAUCAUUAUUCAUUAUGCUACAAGAUCAGAAACGAUCUCGAGCUCAAUAUUUAGCUGAUCUUCAAUGUGAAGCAGUCAGCAAAUUGAUUGCUCAUCCAAAAUAUUUUAUUUAUGCCGGAUUUCAUGCCAUGUGUAUGAAUGAAUUAAGUGAUAAAAGAGAACGAGCAUUGAAAUUAUACGAACGAGCAUUAGAAUUAGAUGAUCAAGAUUUUAUUGCUCAUUACAACACAAUACCGUGUCAUAUUGCAAAUAAUCAAUCAUCGAUCAAUCGAGUUAUACAAGCAUUGGAUGAAACACUUCGCUUACUUCAUCUAGAGAUUGAAACACGUAAACUUAUUCAGAUUUUUCAUGAUCCACCAAUGUCACAGAAUACUAAAACAGAAGCAAACGGUCCUGUCAAUCAUCCGAUUCUUACCGAAUUGAUCUAUCUUGAAAUCGUUCAAGCAAAUUUGAAAAAUAAUCGUGAACAAUUGACACAAUUCAACGAGGAUAAACAUGAAAUAUGGUGUCGUUUCGAGCAUUGGCCAGAAACAUUAGCCUGUUUAAAAGGAACAAAAUUUGAACCGUUAACAAACGAUAUUAAUGUUGAACGAGAAGAAUGGCUUGCCGAAGGAUUAAUGUGGCGAUAUGUGUUUAUCAUUGAACAGAAACGAUGUUGGUGGAAAACUGUUUUUAUAUUUGUCAUGGGAGUCGCACUUAUCGUUGGAGGAGCUUUCUUAUGUACUGUAGAUCAGUAUCGUUUAGGCACAUCGAUGAUUCUUGAUGGAUUGAUCGAUGUUUAUAAAGCUAUUGGUAAGUUAUAA